AUGUGUUUUAAGAAUUCAGUAUUUGGGUGUUGUUUGAUGCUAAUAGCGUUUGCGUGUUGGUUUAAUGCGGAGAGCGGCGAAGCAUUUGGGACAUUCGGAUUCGACGUCCACCACAGAUAUUCCGACACUGUUAAGGAAUAUUUGAAUCUGGAUGGGUUGCCGGAGAAGGGUACGGUUGACUACUACACCGUCAUGGCCCACCGCGAUCAUCUCCUCAACGGCCGCCGCCUUGCCGCCUCCGUCAAACCCGUCCUCACUUUCUAUAGUUCUGUUGGCAACGAGACUUACUACAUCAGUAAUCUUGCGUACUUGCAUUAUGCAUAUCUUAGUGUGGGUACUCCUAGUUUGGAAUUUUUUGUGGCACUCGACACGAGCAAGGACCUAUUCUGGUUACCAUGUGACUGUACUACCUGUGCACGUAACUUCUACAGGAUCUCGGGAAAAAAAAUGGAACUAGCGAUAUACAGUCCUAGUAAUUCGACAACUAGCAAGCCACUUCCGUGCAAUAGUACCAAGUGUGGACCCACAAGAGGAUGCUCUACCAUGUUUAAUGCUUGUUCGUACGAAAUAUCAUACGGUGCUACCUCAAGUACAGGUAUAUUGGUAGAUGAUGUUUUGCAUUUGGGUACAAAUGUCACUCCACAAGACGUUGUCGAUGUCCCGGUUACAUUUGGAUGUGGCCAAAAUCUAACCGGAAAUUUCUUAAACGGUGCUGGUAUUAAUGGUGUAUUUGGACUUGGUAUGGACAAUAUAUCUAUCCCAAGCGUUUUAGCUAACAAAGGUUUGGUAGCAAAUUCUUUCUCCUUGUGCUUUGGCUCUAGUACCGUUGGAAGGAUUGAAUUUGGAGAUAAAGGGAGUCCGGUACAGAAAAAAACUCCCUUUAAUCUUCAACAAUCAAAACCAACUUAUAAUAUCACGGUGAAACAAAUUGCUGUCGAUAAUAAUGUGACCGAUCUUGUGUUCGCCGCAAAUUUCGACUCUUCUGUCUCGUAUUCAUUUUUCGCUGACCCAGCUUACUCGUUUAUUGUCAACAACUUCAAUUCUCGAAUAACCGAGAAACCGUAUCACUUUCCAGGCGAGAAUAGCCUGAACUAUUGUUAUUAUCUCGGGAGGGUGGAAAUGCAUAUUGUUUGGGUAUUAUCAAAUCCAAGAUUAACAACGUCAUUGGACAUGCUACACCCGGUGAAAUACACUGGGUGA